UUACACCCGUAUUCAGGGUGUACCAUGUGUGACAGUGUGGCGAUCUCUCAUGCUGGGAUUCUCAACAAUGCAGGUUGAGGGGCUCCAGGGAAAGUGUUUAAUACAGAGGAAACUGGUUUUUCACUUUUCUCAUUUGUUUGUAAAGUCCAUUUUGGGACCUGGAUCCUGGAGAUUUCAAAGUGAUUUGGGAGGGAUGAAAUCUCCAAUCCUCGGACCAGGUUUUGGGAAUGGCCAGGAGACUGAUUGGUCAGGUAUG